AUGAGUCCCUGCUACUUAUCCCUCAAGCAAGUAAAACAGCACGAUAAGCCCCACGAUUUGUGGAUGAUUCUAUAUAACAAAGUCUAUGACUUGACGGAGUUUCAGCAGGACCACAUUGGUGGCAUCGAAGUAUUGUAUGAUUGUGGAGGCAGUGACGCCACGGAAGCAUUUGAAGAUGUGGGACAUCUGGAUUUUGCUGCUGAUUUGCUCGAGCCUUUCCUUGUUGGUGAAGUGCGGCCUGAAGAAUGCCGUGAAUAUCGAAAUAACUUGUUGCUUGUUUACAAAAAGAGAGAAGAUGUGAGUAAUAGUAGUGGUAAUAGCACCACCAAGAAUUACCAACGGAAAGGUGUCAUUACACGGUGGAUUGAAAUAAAUGGGAUUCUGCUACGGAAUAGAUUUGAAAAUGACAUCGAUUGGAAACAGUAUGGUGAUUGUAUCCUGCGAUGGACGAGUCUAUUGUGGUUGACUUGUCUUGCUAUAACCAGUUUUGCCUUGUUGAUCUUGAUCCAACGGCUUAAAUGA